AUGGCAUGGCUCGGACUGGAUCACCCACUUCAGGAGUGGUGGGAAGACGAGCAUAUUGACCUGUUGCUCGAAAACAAUAGGGGAGAAACCUUGAUUGCUAUAGCUGUUCGCGUGCGUUGUAAACCCUUAUGCAAAAAGCUUGUAUCCAGAUUGCCCAAGGACCAGCGUACCAGGGGCUGUGGAUGUGCUCUUAUUAUAGCAGCCAAACAAGGGGACGAGAACCUCGUAAGGUUCCUAGUCCAGGAGGGAAAUGCAAAUGUCAACUUAGUCGCACGCGGCUUUACAACCGCUCUUUGUGAGGCAUGCGUGAUAGGAGCGCUGAAUAUUGUCAAAUAUCUAGUGGAGGAAGCACAGGCCAGUGUUGAUGUUCGAACUGAAUGCGAUAACUACAUCAGUGCACUUGCUGCUGCAUGCCAUAGUGACUCUGCUAGCAGGCUGGAGCUUGUGAAAUAUCUAUUGGAGGAAGCAGGUGCGGUGGUCGAUCCACCCCUAGUGUCUGGCCUUGCAAACAGCACACUUGGCAUCGCGUCCAGUAUAGGGCCACUAGAUCUUGUCAAAUAUCUAGUGGAGAAGGGUAAUGCUGAUGUCAACUUACAAUUAGAAGGCUGGCGUUGUUCACAUGGCACCGCACUAGCCGCGGUAAUCAGACGGAGAUUGGAGAUUAUCAAGUAUCUAGUGACCGAGGUGCAUGCUGACGUCAACCAGCAGCUCCGGUUUGGACACACCAACACCGCACUUACCACGGCUGUUGAGACGGGGUCAAGGGAUAUUGUCCAGCUCCUCGUGGAAGAGGGAAAUGCUAAUAUAAACUUGCAGUCUACCUGCGGUGGCGAUAGAAACUUCGGCAGUACCCUUGAGUCGUGCAAUCUGCCUUGA